GUGUGCGAGGGAUGGACAGCAGCGGCGGCGAGCAGCUCGGCGUAGGUGAGGAGGAGUCCGCCUGCAUGUCGGCCUCGGAGGGCCUGGAGGAGGGGGAGGUGGAGGGGGAGACCCUCCUCAUCGUGGAGUCGGAGGACCAGGGCUCGGUGGAUCUGUCACAUGACCAGAGUGGAGACUCUCUGACCAGCGACGUGGGCGAGGAGGCCGAUGGGGGGUGGGCCUGCGAGGACGUGUCCUUUUACUGUGACCACUGCCACAAGUGGGUCCCUGCAGCUCAGCUCAGAGGGGAGCAGCCGAGCUACCUGAAAGGUGACAACUUCUUCAAGUUCAUCUGCUCCGACUGCUCCGAGGACGCGAAGGAGAGCUUCGAGAGGAUGAGACUCACCUGGCAGCAGGUGGUGAUGCUGGCCAUGUACAACCUGUCUCUGGAGGGGACGGGCCGCCAGGGCUACUUCAGGUGGAAAGAGGACAUUUGUGCUUUCAUUGGUCGACACUGGAACUUCCUGCUGGGAACCAGGAAGAAGACCUCCACGUGGUGGAGCACGGUGGCCGGGUGCCUGUCAGUCGGUAGCCCCGCCUUCUUCCGCUCCGGCGCGCAGGAGUUCGGCGAGCCGGGCUGGUGGAAGCUCGUCCAGAACCGACCGCCGACUCUCCGUCCGGAGGCGGACAAACCCGCCGGAAAGGCCAAAGCCUGUAAACCCGCCGCGGAGCCCGUCAUGGCGGUGGAGGGCCUGAGGAGGCGCGGCGCCAGGAACCCGGUGGAGAACGCCAUCCAGCUGAAGGAGAAGCGGAGCCGCACGCAGGAGGCCAAAGACAUCCGGCGGGCUCAGAAGGAGGCGGCGGGGGGCUACGCCGACCGCAGUGCCUGCUCCACGCCGGUCAAACUGGGAGGAGGCCGCGGCGGAGGGGGCGCAGGGCGUCGCCCCGACCUCGUCUUGGAGAAGGGCGAGGUCAUCGACUUCUCCUCCAUCAGCUCGUCGGACCGAACGCCGCUCACCAGCCCGUCGCCCUCGCCCUCGCCGGACUUCUCUGGCCCGGGGACGCCGGCUUCUCACUCGGCAACGCCCAGCCUGCUGUCGGAGGCGGACCUUAUCCCCGACGCCAUGCCCCCCCAGGCGCUGUUCCACGGUGAUGAGGAGAUGGAGACGGAGGGAAUGAUCGACCCGGGGAUGGAGUACGUGCCUCCCCCUCGCCCCCACCUCGUGGCCCGCAAGAAGCUCCGCUCGGCGCCGCCACACAUCAAGCACGAGGUCGACAGUGAGGACGACGGGGGACUCGAGCGGGGUCGCUUCGAGGAGCCGGCGGGGCGCGGCGAGGGCCUGCCUCUGUCCGCUGGGGGGGCAGAGCGGAGGAGGAUAACUCACCCCGAGAAGGCCGACGGAAGCGGCGGCGGCGUCCCGCCGGCGCCCCGCUUCACCUCCCUCAGCCUCUACGAGGAGCGGCUGCUGCUCCGCCGCCUGGACGCCUGCCCGCUGGCCCUGGCCGUCACGCCGCCGGCCAAGCGCCUCCACAGGAAGCUGCUGGUUCGCCAGGCCAAGAGGCAGCGGGGGCUCCCCCUGCUGGACGUGGACCGCGCCGUCAGCGCCACUCUGGGCCUGGUGGGGGGGAUCUACGGCGCCCAGGUGGCGGGGGCUGUGGAGCAGGGUGGAGUCGUGGGGAAGUACUGCACCAGCAGCCAGGAGCUGCGUAUUCUUGAUCGCUUCCAGACCAACGUCUGCAGCAGAAGAGGCCUCCAGCAGCAGUCUGUGUCCUUCUGGCGUCGUCUGAUGGGAGCAGAGACCAGUUCAGACCAGACCAUCAAGAGCCCCUACAGCUCCCGCCUCCUCAAGCCCUUCAUCAGGAGGGAUUACGAGAGUCGGCCCGUGAAGCUGAGGCUGCUGGGGGAGGUCCGAGCUCACCCCCACAGGAAGGAGCCCGGCUGGACGCCUGAGGCCAACGCCCCCAUCGACUACUGCUACGUCCGCCCCAACCACAUCCCCUCCGUCAACGCCAUGUGUCACGACAACUUCUGGCCAGGUGUUGACCUGUCAGAGUGCCUGCAGUACCCCGACUUCAGCGUGGUGGUCCUCUAUAAGAAGGUGGUGGUGGGCUUUGGCUUCAUGGUUCCUGACGUGAAGUACAACGAGGCCUACAUCUCCUUCCUGCUGGUCCAUCCCGAGUGGAGGAGAGCUGGCAUCGGCACCUUCAUGAUCUACCAUCUGAUCCAGACGUGCAUGGGGAAGGACGUGACGCUGCACGUGUCGGCCAGUAACCCGGCCAUGCUGCUCUACCAGAAGUUUGGCUUCAAAGCGGAGGAGUACAUCCUGGACUUCUACGAUAAGUACUACCCGGUGGACAGCGCCGAGUGCCGCCACGCCUUCUUCCUCCGACUGAGGCGCUGAAGGUCCACGGGCCCAGAGGCACACGACAGCUUCUCCGUCUCUGAACCCGCCAACAAAACAAAUAACUGACAAGAUCUGAUCAAGUGUAUUUUUGUGCUCAUUAAAACGAUGAAGGAUU